CCGACUCUGUCCAAUUUGAUUUUCUCUCACUUUCUCUGCCUAAACCCCCUCUUUCUCUCAACACAUAACAGAGGUGGUUUUAGUAGCGUGAAUCUUCUUUUUCUUCUUCUUCAUACUCUUCUGUGCAUCUCCAAUGGCACUUCGUUACUGUUUCUUACUCAUUCUUUCGCUCAUUUUUAUCAAUUUCUCAUCAUUUUCGGUCUCUUAUCAACCUAGUUAUAUCCAAGAAGUUGCUGUACUUCAAGAUGUGUUCAAAUCGUUGAAUCAACCACAACAGCUGGUGGGAUGGAGCUUGGGUGGAGGGGAUCCCUGUCUGGAUGCAUGGACGGGAAUCUCAUGCUCAGGAUCAUCCAUUACAGCCAUUUAUCUGAAUGGUCUGAAUCUAACUGGAAGUCUAGGAGGCUAUCUUUUCAACCUAUUUAACUUGAAGCAGUUGGAUGUGAGCAAUAAUCAGAUAGCAGGAGAAGUUCCUGCACUUCUACCUCCCAAUGCCACUCAUAUAGACUUGUCAGUCAACAAUUUCACACCAAAUAUUUGGUUCUUGGCCACACCAAUGCCGUAUCUGGAGUAUUUGAAUCUAAGUCACAAUUCUAUCUCAGGACCGCUGGACAAUGUCUUCUCGGGCUUCCCAAAUUUAAAGCAGAUGGAUUUGUCAUAUAACCAAUUCUCUGGAGAUCUCCCAAGCUCAUUCGGAGAUUUGAAAAAUCUUAAUGGACUGUUUCUACAAAGGAAUCAAUUCACAGGAUCAGUGGCUGUUCUUUCUCAACUUCCCCUCCAUGACCUGUACAUCCAAAUGAAUGAAUUCAGUGGAGUAGUCCCGAAGGAGUUGUUUAACAUACCAAAUCUUAGGUUAGAGGCGAACCUUCUGACCGAUGGGAAGCCAUUAGUUGUUCCAGGAGAUAGGAAUAACUUCACAGGCUCAUCCCCAAACACUAUUGACCCCCGAAGCUCAGAAAAAGGCACUUCGUCCUUGUUUGUGGGACUUAUUCCUGCUGGGGUUGUAGCAUUCUUAGUUGUAUUAGGUUUAUGUGUUUGGUUCUAUAUCAAGUCACGUAGAAGUAGGGGUAAUGCUUAUAGACGUUCAAAGUGGCCCUAGUCUUAGCUUAGAUUAGUUGGGUCGGUGUGUUACAAUUCUUCUAUACCUGAUAAUUUCUAGUAUUUCUUUAAAGGCGCAGAGAGCAUUAUGCCCAUAGGUUUAGUACAAGAGUCUGUAUUUGUAUUUUGAGGUUACCAGUUCAAUUUCCUGUGCUAACA